GGUUCCGUGGUGCAGCUGCUGGAUGGGAGCCUACAAAACAACGCCGGCGGGGGGGUUUUGCCCCGAAGCGCCUCCGGCGUGAGAGUAAGCGUAGGUUUCGGAAGGAUAAAGACUAGAGAAAGUGCUAUCUAUGUGUGGUGGGUGAAGGUGUAUGGUUGGUGGUUGCUGGUGGCUGGUGGCUGAGAGUGUUUGAAUAUAUGCUGAGUGUAAGUGUGUGUGAAAAUGAGUGUAAAGAGAGAGUCACCCUUAGACUCUUGAUCCUUGGUCUAUUUAUAGGCCAAGGAUUAGGGUUUAAGGGUGAGUACCUGGAUCCUGGUCCUACACGCGUAGGGGUUCGAUCCCCUACACGUGUCCAGGUGUCAGCGUAGGAGUAGUAUUUUGGAAUGUUCCCUGGCUUGUCUCUAUCGUCAGUAGUUGACCGUUACAUUUGUCUUCAUCGUGUCAGUCUGUGCCUUGUGCAGUGGUUGUCGGCCGGUACAUGUGUACCCGGGUAGGGUGGAUUAGGUGCCUACCCGGGUUGAGUCUCCUUCCAGGGUUGACGUCCUUGGUUGUAAGCCGGCGAGGUACCCGGAUAGUGAAAGUUGGUGGGUCCGGAUUGACCUAUCCGGAUCUAUCCUAUCAUUUGCCCCCCACUCCCUUAUACAGGUUCCCUGUGUGAGGGAGUAGAGUUUGUCUGUUUGUAUGUCCGGGUUUGUUGCUGUACUCUGAGGUGUCCGGGAGAGAGGUAAUUGUUUUUUAGCUUUGCCCCCCUAUCCGGCUAGAUUGCUCUGUCUGGGUAGAUCGGCUUGAAUCAUUGCUAUUCGCUUCUCUUCCGGGUUGGACCCGGGUAGGGGGUGUAAGAUUUCUUGUGCAGGAUGCUCGGUUGAGGUGCCCGGGGAUUUGAUGAGGGGACCCGGGUGGAACUGCCCCGUGUUUGGGUUUGGUUCCCGGGUUGUGUGGUAUACCGAUCGCUUUGGAGUCCCUUAGGAUCUGAAGAGUCUUCUUAACUGCCUAUUUAUUUUGAAAAUUGAACCGUCGAGUUUCCCCAUGCAUAAUGAUUACAGUUGUAAUGAACGGCUGGGGCCAAUGGGAAAUUGCCACGUAACCUACCAUGCUGCUGCUAUAAAUAGGGGUCUAACUCCACUUGUUUUCAUUUUCACUUCUUAGCUUCUCCAUUUUCUCUGUUUCUUUCUUGCAAAACCCAUUUUCGAGUGCUUUACUGCUUUUCACCGGAGUUCGGGCGUCGUCGCUUCUUCGUUCUCUCCGCUUCUCCGUCGUUGCUUCAAGUAAGUUUAUUCCCUUUUCGUCUCCCCUUCUUUAUUAUCCUUGUCUUCCUUUGCUGUACUUCGAAUGCCAUGCUUAAGUUUAUGAAAACUUUGUUGAUUUUGGUUGCUUUUUGUGUUUCGAUUUCGACUCGGUAUAUAAGUGUAUUUGUUCGACUGUUUAUAGUUGUGGGUUUUUGAGUUUCGGAUGCGUAGAUGUGAUGAUUGGGAGUGUAUAAGUGUGGGUUUUGGUCGUCGAAGAUUUCGGGUUUUGGUUGGGUUUUUGGAUGGCUGUUCUUGGGUGUAUGUGUAUGUAUAUUUGUAUAUGGCGAGGGGUUUGAGUUUGAUCUUUGUUUUUGAUUUGAAAUAAUGAAGGAACUGUUUGUGGCUUUUGGGUUUCUCGGGGGUUUGAACUGAGCCCGGGUAGGAAAGUUUUACCCGGGUUGGGUAGCUUUAGGAUAUGGUUGCCUUGGGUGUUUUGAGGCUUGUAUAUAUGAUUGUGAAGGGUAGGGUUUGAACUGAACCCGGGUAGGAAAGUUUUACCCGGGUUGGGUAGCUUUAGGAUAUGGUUGCUUUGUUUUCGUACUUGGGGGAAUUUUGUUGUGCUGUAGUAUGUAUGUAGGACCCGGGUGUGCUUUUUAAUAUGUAGUAUUCAUCUCCCACAUAAAUCUGAAAAAGGAGAGGACCCGGGUUGGUUUAUAGGAUGUGCUUGAGUGCUUCUUUCCGGUUGGUAUUCUUCACGUAGAUUUAGGAUGGGAUCCGGACCUUAAUAAAACGUGGAACAAUCUUUGAACUCUUAAAAUUGACCCGGGUUGUUUCUUUGUUUAGGUCCAUGGUCCGGAUCCCCGAGCGGCCAAGACAAGAGGUUGCUGCUCGUUCCCUAUCUUCUGGGGAGUCUUCUAGUGAUAGUGAGUCCGACGGGCCUCACGUCCUUGCUUAUCGUGCCCGGGUCCGUGCUGCUAAAAGGCCGAGGCAAGAAAUUGUUGCAUAUUCGGCAGUACCCGGGGAAUUUUCGGGUGAUUCUGAGUCCGACGAGGUCCGCUCACUUGCUCAUCGUGCCCGGGUAAGGAUGGCCGAUCGUGAGGUUGAGGAGUCCGGGGUGGUUUCUGCACGCCAGAAGGUGGUGGUGUCGGUCGGGCGACAAGUUAUUAUGACCCCGGAGGGUAUUUGGGGUGAUAGCAAAUCGUUCUUCAUCACCAAAGGCCCGCUUGUCGAGGAGAAGGGCUUCUAUGUCAAUAUGUCGGGGUUUUAUAGGUCCAAACAUCCGAAUGGAAAACUGGCACCUUAUAAUAAAGAGAAAUUUGAUGAGGCGUUCCGAGAGUUUCCUGGGAUCCGGGCUCCGUUCCCGGUGAGGAGUUACAUCAAAGAGAUGGCUCCGGAUAUGGCUGACCGGAUGAUCCGGGCAGCUUUUCAGCUUCCUCCCGAAGUCGAGUGGAGGUGGCCUGAGCCCGGGGAGAUGAUAUAUCAUCGGCCCGAAGAUGGUUUUGUUCCGGUAUGGAUGGAGCACCUUCGAUCCGGCUGGAACCCCCGGUGGCACAUUUUUUUCAAGCAUUUGUGCAAGUACGAGUGGAAGAUUUCUCCGAUGCAGCUGACGCCGAACGCGGUCAAAUGGAUGACCUGGUUCUUGUGGGCGUGCAAUAAGAUGAACUAUUAUCCGACGUUGAAGCUGUUCCAUGUUCUGUUUCAAUUUAAAAAGUCCGGGGUGAAACCUUUGUACGAGCUUCGUUUCCGUUCAAAGGAGUGUGGCCUGGGGUCCGGGCUUGUGAGUCCGGUAAUCCACCAAAGUUCGCUGAAGCUGUGGAAUGGUGAGGUGCUUAUGCUUAAGGGUUUGGAUCUGUCCUUUAUGCCUUAUAUAGAAACUGACGAUAAGAAGGUGAGGACCGACUUUGGUGCCCCGGGUGCUGAUGGGGAGUUCCGGGCGCAGUUGGUCGAAUUCUGUACUUGCAUCGGGUUCCAAUUAACCCGGGACACAUUUAUGCAGCAUGAUAAGCUGCACGAGGGUGGUUGUCUUCCAUACUUUGAUCCGGAGCUUUGGGCUAUUAUGUCUGCGAAAGAUUCUUUUGCUUCUGCUCUUCGGAAUUUGGGAGGCGUGCAUGUGGCCCCGAAGCCUCAACCGAAGAAGAAAUCAGGGAAGAAAGGGGACUCGAAGAAAGGGGAGUCCGGGUCGAAGAGAGGGGAGUCCGGGUCUUCCCGUCAAGGGACGGAGGGUACUGGGCAUUCCAGUGCUAACCUGGGUGCAACUCCGGAUCCGGAGUUGAUCGCUGAUGCUGAAGAGGUGGAGAGCCCGGAUCAGGGGCCGAAAAGAAAGAGGAAGAAGACUGAUGCUGAUUCUUCUGAAAGGGAAGUCAUUGAUAUGACAGUGGAGGGUCCGGGUAAGGCAGCUAUGGAGGUUGUGGAUCUUGGAGUCGAUGUUGGGGGCGGUUCCCGGCCGGCUCCUAAGUUUGGCAAGUACCCGGUUAAGAAAGUGCUCGGGUUGAUGUCCGAACUUCCCUCUGACCAAGACUGGGAAAUGAUGGAGGAUGAGGGUCUCGCCACCAAUUUCAAAGAAAUCGGGAACUUGUGGGGUCAGGUAUCUUACAAUCCGACUCCUCUCUGUCUCUCUUCUUCUUUUUUUUGUACUUUGCUUUUCUUCUUCAUUUUCGUUAUUUCCGGUUUUAUUGACCCUGGUGUCCUGCUUCUUUUUCAGCUCGGUGGUCGUCUGGCCGGGUUCAAUACCCAUGCUUUGAACAGCUUGAAGCAGGAGAGGGAUCUUUCCGUGAAGAGCCUCGCCCGGGUCACGAAGCUGGAGAAGGAUCUGGAUGUGGAGAAGUCAGCCCGGGAGGCUUUGGAGUCCGGGGUAGCCUCUAAGAUCAAAGAAGCUGAGAUCCGGAAAGAGGCUGAGCUGAAUCAGAAGAUUAAGGAUGCUGGGACCCGGGCUGACAGCGCUGAGAAGAAGGUUUCCGGGCUGGAGAAGGAGGUGGCUGAUCUGAAGAAGCUCUUGGAAGGGAGAGAGGAACCGGAGAAGGUUAUUGCGGAAUUCCAAAAGUCCUCUGCUUAUGCGGAUGCCUUGGCCGCCGCUGGAGCUCUUGAAGUCGUCCGGUGUUGGCAUGUUGCCGAGCGGCACAUCAAGACUGACCCGGAGGCUUCCUUGCAGAGUUUUAUAGAGCUCUAUCUUGCUGCUAAGGAUGAGAUCAAGGCUGGCAAAGGAGAACCGGAGCCUUACGAAGGCCCCUCUCCUAGCUUUCUCCCUCCUGCCAAUCCGGGUGCUGAUGCUGAUCUGGGCUCUUCCUCCGAUUCUGAACCGGUUGAUGGGACUCCGGUUGAGAAGACUCCGGCUGAUGAAACUCCUGCUGAUGAAACUCUUGCUGACUGAUCCUCUCUUCUCCAGUUUAUUUGAUUCCAAAAACAAUGUCUUGUAAUUUAAUUCUGUCUGUGUCCGGAUUUGAAUAUUUUGUUGCGGGUCUGGCUGCAGUACUUGUUAAAUAUUGCUUAUGAAUGAAUGCUUCUGUUUGUUUCA